AUGGCGCUCGCUUACGAUAUCGCGUUGUUGAGUGUGACUGGCGUUACGGCCCAAACACAAUUUACAAGGUUCGACGAACGCUGGGAUGUCCCGAUGCUAGCAAAUGGCAAUCGGACGCAAGUCUAUCGCUCCUGGCUCCAUGGUGUAGGAGGUCCGACUGACGAGCAAUGGAUUGCUGUCAAGAGGAACUGGAUAAACUUCUUAUCCGCGACGAGCACGCGGCCAGACGCGACCCUCGCCCCUGCCCCAAAGGCCACCCACAUUGACAACCAGCAAUCACCAGAAGGGGGGCAUGAUAUCGAGCGCUUUGAUCACGAUCGCCGUAUCCGAGCCUCCAUCCAGGUCGCCAUCUUUGAUACAUUCGACCGCGAGGAGCGACUAGCCGAACGUUGGCCGCGCCAGGCACGACUCGUUCUCAAUCGUGCGGCGCGCCCAGCAGCAACCCAACCGUUCCGGGCGUUGCGUGCCAUGGCAGAUUUGGGCAAACGGCGGCGUUACCAAGCUGUCUGGGCAUCACUGAUCUGUUUCCUGGUGUUUGCUCAUACCAACUCGGGUAUGCCGGAGGACAUGGGUCUGCUUUUGGCUAAACAUACGGAGCAUGAAGUGACCGACAUCUUGCGAGCAAUUGCUACCGGUAUCCAGAGCGAGCUCGAUGCUGCUGUGCGAGUACUUUGCGUCAACAUGAUCACGGACCAUGCACCGACUGCUUCGAAGAAUCCUCUCUUGUGGUGGCUAACCGUGUUGGUACGCUCGGCCAUCGACCCUUUGCAGGAAAUGGACUAUAUCAGCCGUGGUCGUUUUCUCAUGAACAUUUUGUCCAUGGACCUGGAUCUUUGCGGCCGUUUAGAAGCCGUACAACAUUAUGCCAAGGUAUUGGUGUUGGACAAAGCGUUGGAGCUGUGGAGACCCUGUUCGGACGACUGGGCCCUUCGGGUGAAUCGAGACUUGGGUGCGGCGAACCUGGAUUGGUUGGACGACGAGACAGAUCAGCGACCGUCCAACGAUGGGGACCCCAGGAACUGUGACUCGCCGGCUUGGCGGUCCAUGCUUGAGAAUCUGAAUCGCUGGGCGAUGGCAUUCCUCAGUACGCGGAGGGACAUUGACACUGUUCUGGGCGAGGUCGGAAAACUUCUUUCAACAGAAGAGUGCUGA